UCUCCCUCCUUUCCCGCUCCGAACCUCUUCUCCUCCUCCGACCGAAGGCAAAGCGCUCCGACCGCGGUCUCGUCACCUCCCUCGGCAAGAGUGUUGCCAGGAUAGAAAAGAGUUGCACAAGCAACAUGAAACUGGUAGUUUAAUGAAGCAAAUAUCUGAUGCUAGAAAUGUGAAUUUAAUGGAAAAAAACAUGACCAAUGGUACAAGAAGAAAGACAAGUGUUGCCAGGACAACCAUAAUGCGGCUGGAAACUGGAGUAUAAGGCAGGUUUAUUGUAAAGUAUGGCUGAUACUGAGGAUAUUCAGCCUCUUGUUUGUGACAAUGGAACUGGCAUGGUGAAGGCUGGAUUUGCUGGAGAUGAUGCACCAAGGGCUGUUUUCCCAAGUAUUGUUGGUCGACCCCGCCACACAGGUGUGAUGGUUGGGAUGGGACAGAAAGAUGCAUAUGUUGGUGAUGAGGCCCAAUCCAAGAGAGGUAUUCUGACUCUGAAGUACCCUAUCGAGCAUGGAAUUGUGAGCAAUUGGGAUGACAUGGAGAAAAUUUGGCAUCAUACUUUCUACAAUGAGCUCCGGGUAGCUCCAGAAGAACAUCCUGUUCUCCUUACAGAAGCCCCUCUUAAUCCCAAGGCCAACAGAGAGAAGAUGACGCAGAUUAUGUUUGAAUCCUUCAAUGUGCCUGCUAUGUAUGUUGCCAUUCAGGCUGUCCUCUCUCUCUAUGCUAGUGGCCGUACCACAGGCAUUGUGCUGGACUCUGGUGAUGGGGUUAGCCAUACUGUUCCAAUCUAUGAGGGCUAUGCACUUCCACAUGCCAUUCUCCGGCUUGAUCUUGCUGGUAGAGAUCUGACUGAUGCCCUUAUGAAGAUCUUGACUGAGAGGGGGUAUUCUUUCACAACCACUGCUGAACGGGAAAUUGUACGUGACAUGAAGGAAAAGCUCGCAUAUGUGGCCCUUGAUUAUGAGCAGGAGCUUGAGACUGCUAAAAGCAGCUCAUCAAUUGAGAAGAGUUAUGAACUACCGGAUGGUCAAGUCAUCACCAUCGGAGCUGAAUGCUUCAGAUGCCCUGAGGUGCUCUUCCAGCCUUCUCUUAUUGGCAUGGAGGCUGCCGGCAUCCAUGAGACCACCUACAACUCUAUCAUGAAGUGCGAUGUUGACAUCAGGAAAGAUUUGUAUGGGAACAUUGUGCUUAGUGGUGGAUCAACUAUGUUCCCCGGGAUUGCCGACCGUAUGAGCAAGGAGAUCACUGCACUUGCACCGAGCAGCAUGAAGAUCAAGGUGGUGGCCCCUCCUGAGAGGAAAUAUAGUGUCUGGAUUGGAGGAUCAAUUCUGGCUUCCCUGAGUACAUUCCAGCAGAUGUGGAUAUCCAAGGGAGAGUAUGAUGAAUCGGGGCCAUCCAUUGUCCACAGAAAGUGUUUCUAGAUGUUCUUUUCUAGUCUUUGUUUGUGUAUUUGAUAUAUUUGGUGGUAGCAGUUUGGCUGGGUGAGGAAUGCUUAUGUUUGUUUGUUGUUUUUGUUUUUAUGUUUUUCCAAUUGACUCUAGCUCCCACUUUUAUGUAAAUUAUAUGUAUCAUGUAAGAUUUAGAAAAAUUAGAUAAGUAUUGAUAUGUAGUUUGGAUUGGUGACAUCUAUGGUCUCCAUGUUUCGCUCGAGUGUACUGCCUGUGGCAGACAAAUAGGCUUGUAGCCUAGUGCUUGCCAUUUUCUCAGGUUAGAGAAGGUAUUAUCCUCGAA